AACAUUCAUGUCAUGAUGGAAUUCCUAUUGAUUAUUCUUUCGGAUAUGCCCAAGGACUUUAUUCAUCAUGACAAACUUUUUGAUCUCUUGGCUCGUGUUGGAGCACUUACCAGGGAGGUAUCAACUCUUGUACGCGACUUGGAAGAGAAAUUAAGGAAUAAAGAGGGUAACGACCAAACAAAUCGUGCAACCCUAGACUUGCUGGAAAAUAUUGAACUCCUCAAGAAAGAUCUCAAACAUGUUUAUCUGAAAGCCCUGGAUUCAUCUCAAUGUUGCUUCCCCAUGAGUGAUGGACCACUCUUCAUGCAUCUGCUGCACAUACACUUAAAUGGUUUGUUAGAUUCCAAUGCUUAUUCAAUUGCUUUGAUAAGGGAAGAAAUUGAGCUGGUGAAGCAAGACCUAGAAUUCAUAAGAUCGUUCUUGGUGAAUGUUGAGCAAGGAUUGUAUAAAGAUCUCUGGAAACGUGUUCUAGAUGUGGCUUAUGAGGCAAAAGAUGUCAUAGAUUCAAUUAUUGUUCGAGAUAAUGGUCUCUUACAUCUUAUUUUCUCACUUCCCAUUACCAUAAAGAAGAUGAAGCUUAUCAAAGAAGAGGUCUCUGAUUUACAUGAGAACAUUUCCAAGAACAGAGGUCUCAUCGUUGUAAACUCUCCCAAGAAACCAGUUGAGAGCAAGUCAUUGACAACUGAUAAAAUAAUUGUAGGUGUUGAGGAGGACACAAACUUGAUACUUAGAAAGCUCACCAGUGGACCGGCAGAUCUAGAUGUCAUUUCGAUCACUGGUAUGCCGGGUUCAGGUAAAAUUACUUUGGCAUACAAAGUAUACAAUGAUAAAUCAGUUUCUAGUCAUUUCGACCUUCGUGCAUGGUGCACAGUCGACCAAGAAUAUGAUGAGAAGAAGUUGUUGGAUAAAAUUUUCAAUCAAGUCAGUGACUCAGAUACAAAAUUGAGUGAGAAUAUUGAUGUUGCUGAUAAGCUACGUAAACAACUGUUUGGAAAGAGGUAUCUUAUUGUUUUAGAUGACGUGUGGGAUAUUAAUACAUGGGAUGAGUUAACAAGACCUUUUCCAGAGGUUGAGAAAGGAAGUAGAAUUAUUUUGACAACUCGAAAAAUGGAAGUGGCUUUGCAUGGAAAGCUCUACACUGCUCCUCUUAAUCUUCGAUUGCUAAGAUCAGAAGUAAGUUGGGAGUUAUUAGAGAAAAGGGCAUUUGGAAACGAGAGUUGCCCUGAUGAACUAUUGGAUGUUGGAACUGAAAUAGCCGAAAAUUUUAAAGGGCUUCCUUUGGUGGUGGAUCUGAUUGCUGGAGUUAUUGCUGGGAGGGAAAAGAAAAAAAGUGUGUGGCUUGAAGUUUUAACUAAUUUGCAUUCCUUUAUUUUCAAGAAUGAAGUGGAAGUGAUGAAAGUUAUAGAAAUAAGUUAUGACCACUUACCUGAUCACCUGAAGCCAUGCUUGCUUCAUUUUGCAAGUAGGCAGAAGGACGAUGCAACGCGAAUCCUUGAGUUGAAUGCUGUAUGGGUUGCUGAAGGGUUUGUGGAGAAGACGGAAAUGAAGAGUAUGGAAGAAGUGGUGAAGAUUUAUUUGGAUGAUUUAAUUUCCAGUAGCUUGGUAAUUUGUUUCAAUGAGAUAGGUAAUUACCCGACUUGCCAACUUCAUGAUCUUGUGCAUGACUUUUGUUUGAUAAAAGCAAGAAAGGAAAAGUUGUUUGAUCGGAUAAGUUCAAGUGCUCCAUCAGAUUUGUUGCCACGUCAAAUUACCAUUGAUGAUGAUGAGGAGCACUUUGGGCUUAAUUUUGUACUGUUCGGUUCAAAUAAGAAAAGGCAUUCUGGUAAAUACCUCUAUUCUUUGACCAUAAAUGGAGACGAGCUGGACGACCAUCUUUCUGAUACAUUUCACCUAAGACACUUGAGGCUUCUUAGAGUGUUGUACCUGGAUCCCUCUUUUAUCAAUGUGAAAGAUUCUUUGCUGAAUGAAAUAUGCAUGUUGAAUCAUUUGAGGUUCUUAUUCAUUGGGACACAAGUUGAAUCUCUGCCUUUGUCUUUCUCAAACCUCUGGAAUCUAGAAAUCCUGUCGGUGUAUAACGAUGGAUCAACCUUGGUACUAUUACCAAGAAUUGGUGAUCUUGUAAAGUUGCAAGUGAUGUCCGCGAGUGCUUGUUCUUUCUUUGAUUUGGAUACAGAUGAAUCAAUAGUGAUAGCAGAGGACACAAAGUUAGAGAACUUGAGAAUGUUAGGGAAACUCAUGCUUUCCUGUUCGAAAGAUACAGAGGAUAUUUUCAAAAGGCUUCCCAAUCUUCGAGAGCUUGCAUUUGAACUCAAGGAAUCAUGGGAUUAUUCAACAGAGCAAUACUGGUUCCCGAAAUUGGAUUGCCUAACUGAACUAGAAGACCUCACUGUAAGUUUUGAAAGUUCAAACACAAAUGACAGUGGGUCCUCUGCAGCCAUAAAUCGGCCAUGGGAUUUUCACUUCCCUUCGAGUUUGAAAAUAUUGUCGUUGAAUGACUUUCUUCUGACAUCCGAUUCACUAUCAACAAUAGUGAGACUGCCCAACCUUGAAGAGUUGUCCCUUUAUGAUACAAUCAUCCAUGGGGAAGAAUGGAACAUGGGGGAGGAAGACACCUUUGAGAAUCUCAAAUUUUUGAACUUGCAUCAACCGACUCUUUCCAAGUGGGAGGUUGGAGAGGAAUUCUUUCCCUCCCUUGAGAAAUUAAAACUGCAGGGAUGUCAUGAGCUUGAGGAGAUUCCACCUAGUUUCGGGGAUAUUAGUUCAUUGAAAAUUAUCAAACUUGUAUGGAGCCCUCAACUUGAAGAUUCUGCUCUCAAGAUUAAGGAAUAUGCUGAAGAUAUGAGGGGAGGAGACGAGCUUCAAGUCGUUGGCCGGAAGAAUAUCCAGUUAUUUAAGUAGCAUUAUGGUUGAAAAGUAGAUUGUAUUUAGAAAACUUAUAAGUUUUUAACAAAAAUUAUAAUUUUAAACAUUAAUCUUGUACACCAAAAUACUAUUCUUAUCACUGCUUUCUUUAC